CGCUCAGCCGGGGGCUUGGCUGCGGGCGGGGGCGGGAGCGGGGCGGCGUGCUUCGGGCGCCGCCAGCCAGGAUGCCCGCCCCUUCGAGGAGAUGCCCGGACCCCCGGGCCUUCCGGUCAUCGGCAACAUCUGGCGCUUCCUGCCACUCGUAGGAGAAUGGGGUUCUAUGGAUUUCUUGGAGAUACAGUGGGAUCUCUACAGAAAGUACGGCAAAAUCGUUAGUUUAGGCAAGCUGAAUGAGAACAAGGAAUUUGUAAGCAUAUUUGAUCCAGCCGAAAUAGAAAAGGUUUAUAGGCAUGAAGGUCCCUGGCCUAAACGAAAUGGUUUUGAAUCUUUGGAUUACUAUCGACGGAAGAUGUACAAAGAGAAAUUUCAAGAUGCAUACGGGCUUUUAUCUACCAACGAGAAGGAAUGGCAAGACUUCCGUCGGCGAGUGCAGCCGCACAUGCUGCAACCGAAAACAGUCGCAAAGUACACUGCUCCUAUUGACCAGGUGUCCGGCGAGUUAAUUCAACGAUUUCGUGAAAUACGUGACAACAAUUACAUGCUACCAGGAGAUUCUAUCAAAUGGUUUUUCAGAUGGUCCUUUGAAUCGAUCGCACUGAUCGCGCUGGACGCGCGCAUGGGCUGCUUGGAGGCGCGCCUGGCAGCCGACUCGGAGGCGCAGCGUCUGAUCGAGGCAGUACACGUUCUCAUGGACAGCUUCUUCGAGUUGGACGUGAAGCCCUCACCCUGGCGCUACGUCACCACACCCGCCUGGCGGCGCUUCGUCAAGGCCGUCGACAUCUUCGAACAGAUCGCCCAGAAGAGCAUCGACCUGGCCGUGGAGCGCAUGAGGGCCAAGGUGGCUGCGGGGCAGGAGCUCGGGGACGACCUUAGUGUCCUCGAGAGGCUGCUGCUCGCCAACGACAACCCACGCAUCGCCACCACCAUGGCCACCGACAUGAUGUUCGGGGGAAUAGACACGACAUCGUAUUCAUCUGCGAUUCUCCUUUACUACUUGGCUAAAAAUCCUGACAAGCAAGAAAAGUUGUUCGAAGAGUUGCGGGACAUACUGCCUCGACCUGACACGCCGGUCACGCCUGAAGCUCUGCAGAAAAUGAAGUACUUACGCGCUUGCAUUAAGGAAUCCAUGAGGUUAAAACCAGUAGUCAUUGGUCAAAUAAGAGAAAAUACCAGAGAUGAUCUGGUUCUCGGAAACUACAAGAUACCUAAAGGGCCAGAACGGUUCCUGCCCGAGCGCUGGCUGAAGGGCGAGAGCCACGAGUCCAAGGGCCACCCCUUCGCCACGCUGCCCUUCGGCUUCGGCACACGCAUGUGCAUCGGCAAGCGCUUCGCGGAGCUGGAGAUCGAGGUGCUCAACGCAAAGUCAAGUCUAUUUGAUUCUAAGCAUCACUCCUGA